AGGCAGAACUUUCAUAUACUUUUUUGUAUCUUGACAAAACUUGAGGUUACUUCAGCGUUUGUGCCAAGAAUCUUCCGAAAGUCGUUCGAUUCUCGUAUUUUUGGGAUUGGUGAAUUAAUUGAAGACAACAUGGUCUAUGCGCGAGUGGCUGUAAAGGUUCUUGUUCCUCAGUCUCAACGUGAAUUUGAUUUCUUCGAGGUGCUUUCCAGUGAGUUAGCUAAACUGGCAGCUAGGAUAGUAAAAUAUAAGGCAGAAUCAGGGGAAGCUAUCAGUGUGCAUGACAAAGAAAUCAUACUCGGAGUCAUUGAAUACCUUUCAACUGUUCCUAAAAGGAGAGAUUGCUACCUGAGGUUUCUCAAUGGGGGUUCAAAAGAAGAGUUGCAGAGAAUUGAACAAGAGUGUAUUAGGGGGGCAAAUGAUAAUCUAAUAGACGAUUGGAUAUUGUCAGUGACAAAGCCUUUGAUGGUUGAAGAUCAAGUUGAUGUUGAGGAGGCUAAGAAGAAGACCGGAAAGAUGGAACUCCAGAAUGUUGAGGAGACAGCUCCAGAGGUUGAGGCCCUGGGCAAAAACAAAUCUAGUGAGGAUAAAUCUGUACAAGGUGAUAAGUUUGGUCUCUCCUGUCAGGAUAAUCAACAAAUUGGUCGCUGAGAUCCUCCUCUCCACCGUAAUUAGCACCUCCUCAGUUCUUAGCCAUGAAACUAUGUCUGUAUCUGGUCGGAGGGGCUUAGUGUAUAUUUUUCUAAACUAUAAACGCAUCUCUC